GAUUGAAUGUGACGUCAGAGCAAAACUACCCAACAUGCACCGCCAUCCCGGUAGCUGUGCAGAGUCCGCCUGGCUGAUCUCGAUCACGUCUAGUGCGUUUUUAGGAUUAUUUAUCUUCCUGAACGCGCGCGCGAUGCUUGUCUUCAUGUAGAGGCUCGUUUAUGAUGCAGUGUUUGUAACUUUAAACAGACUGACGUCACGUUUUGGCCUCACUUUGUGUGCUAACGUUAGCAUAACAGUCUGUUUUCCUGGUUUGCUAAUAAAGUUUUGUUUGAAGAUGGACCGGUUUGUAGUUCGGCUUCCUAAGAAUGAAGCGCGAAAACAGCCGAAGAUCAAGGAGAAACGUUACAGGCAGACCACCAUCGAGUCUCUACGGAGGGUGGUUGUGGUUGAGGACAUCAUGCGCUACAAGGCAACGCUCGAACUUCCCGCUCAGACGAAGGAGAACCUGCUGACAGUCCUGACGGAGCUGAGCAAGAAGAUGCCGUCCAGGGAGGUUCUGAGGUCCACCAGGAUAGGUCACGUGGUCAACCGGCUGCGGCGGCACCAGGAUCCCGAGGUGAGCUCUGCGGCUGCGCGGCUUUACUCCGACUGGAGGACUUUCAUCCAGGAGAACUCCAACAAGCCCUGCAUCGAAGUCCGCUCCGACCGGCAAUCUGAGGGGCUGAGGAGCAGCGCCAGGAGGCUGCUGUCCGCCGCCCUGCAGGAGGACUCCGGACUGAGCGACAGCAUUGAGCGGGAAGUGUUUCACCAGGGCUCCCGCCUGGUGAGCGCCUCCUACAGACGGACGGUUCGAGCGCUGGUCUUUGCCUUCAAGCACAACUCCCAGGUUGUGACGCAGGUGAAGAACGGAGACCUGUCAGUCAAUCACCUGGUGUCCAAUUAUAAAAAAUAAGGUGUUUGUCUGAGCCUCAGGCCGUGCACAGAUGAUUUAAGUAACCUGUAUUUAUUUUUUUUGUGGUAGUUGAUGUCGGCGUUCUCUCUGAUGCUGGUGAUAACCGUGUCAUGCCACCAUCAGAGCCGCUCAGGUUGAUUUUUCUGACAAAUCCUCCAUUUGUGCUUCAGGCAGCAAAUUUACCGUGGAUGUGAGAGGACCCCCUCUUUCAGAAAAGCACGUUAGCCACAAGAGAACUGCAAAAUGUUUUAAUAGUUUUUUGUGGCUAAGGUGUGUUUCUGAAAAAGGAUCUACUUUAAUCCACGGUAAAUUUGCUGCCUAAAGCACAAAUGCAGGAUUAUUUUAAUAACUGACACCACUAUAAAUCCUCAUGGAUCCUUCCUCCAAACUGAGAUUCUAGUUUUUUAUUCGACACACCUUAAACGUUCAGGACACGGGUCUCCAUUCAGAACGUAUGGAUGAGAAGAGGAACGGUGUGGAAGCUGCUGUUGGUCGGUUUUCUCGUGUUAACAUAGUUCGUUGGUCCAGCAGAACUCUGCUGACUGCUUUGCUCAAGUUUUUAUUUUUUCAAACCUUUAGAAAAUGUUUUUCAAUUCAUAGAAUAUUUGUCAUGAAUUUGCUGCUGACAUGAACAUCUUCUGGAAAUGUUUCUGUAUUUUUACUGUUACAUUUGUGUUUGUGUCAAAAGUUGAGUAAAGAAAUUCCCAGAAAAAUUCAA